AUGUCCGCCGCCGUCCGGACGCGUCCAGCCGCCGUCCCCGCCCAAUCCCCUCUCGCCACGUGGCAGCGCCGGCGCCCCAGCCGCCGCGCCUCACCCGCGGCCCGCCGCGGCCCGCGCUCGGCCCUCCCCGGCCCGGUACGCCGCCGCCGCCGCCCCGCGAGCGCCCGAGCCCGCGCCCGCCGGGUCCCCCCGGCCUGCCCGCUUGCCGGCCUCCCGCGCCGCCGCUCGCCGGCGUUCCCCGCCGGAGCAGCCCGCCGCCGCUCCGCCUCGCCCGCGCUGCCCCGCAGGCGCCCGCGCGCCCCGAGCGCCCGAGCCGCCGCCUCCUCGCCGGGCUGCGCCGUCCUUGCCUUCCAGCGCCGCCCUUCACCGCCCGCCGCCUCCAUGGCCGGCGCCACCAUGAAGCUCGCCGGAGCCACGCCGUAG